AUGCCGUUCAUAAUAAGGGGAAGACCCCUGCGGGGGGCACGGUAUGCCAGCAACACCAGAGCGGCUCCCUCUGGUGGCACCUCCACAUUCUGGUCAGAAAGCCCCUCCAAACUACAUCAGCUCCACCAAUCAGAACCCACGCAGGCCCCGGCCAGCUCCGGCAAGCCCGUGGGCUCCUCCCUUGGCCUCCUUGGGGUCAGCAGCAGUGCUCAGGGAGGUGGUUCUGGUGGUGUUGGUUCUGGCAUCAACCCUGUCCUUGCCUGGCAUGCUGCCAUCAAUGCUGCUCGCCAAGCCCAGGGCGAGACAACCACACCCAGCAUGAGCUCGCGGCCAUCAGUGCCCACGGGCGGUGGGGCAGCACCUGUGGGCUCACUGUAUCAAAGGAAGAGACAGCAGUAUGCCAAGAGUAAGAAGCAGGGAGGGUCUACUAAUAGCAGGCCGCCCAGGGCUCUGUUCUGCCUCACCCUCAACAACCCCAUCCGCAGAGCCUGCAUCAGCCUGGUGGAGUGGAAACCCUUUGAUAUCUUUAUACUGCUGUCUAUAUUUGCCAACUGUGUGGCCUUAGCCAUCUACAUCCCCUUCCCUGGAGAUGACUCCAACUCUACCAACCAGGAGCUGGAGACAGUAGAAUAUGCCUUCCUGAUCAUUUUCACUAUUGAGACGUUUCUGAAGAUCAUUGCCUACGGUCUGGUCAUGCACCAAAACUCCUAUGUCCGAAAUGGCUGGAACAUGUUGGACUUUGUCAUUGUUAUUGUGGGGUUGUUCAGUGUGGUGCUGGAGUUAAUAACCAAAGACGCUGAUGCAGGGGGUCAGUCAGGGGGGAAACCGGGAGGCUUUGACGUUAAGGCCCUCCGAGCUUUCCGCGUGCUUCGGCCCCUUCGCCUUGUCUCUGGAGUGCCCAGUUUACAGGUGGUGUUAAACUCCAUUAUUAAAGCCAUGGUACCACUGCUCCACAUCGCUCUGCUGGUCCUUUUCGUCAUCAUUAUCUAUGCCAUCAUUGGUCUGGAGCUCUUCAUUGGCAAGAUGCACGCCACGUGUUAUGUGGUGGACACAGGUGCCCUGGCAGAAGAGGAGCCAACACCGUGUGCACUGUCGGGUCACGGCCGCCAUUGUCUGCUGAACAGCACCAUAUGCAGGGAGGGCUGGCAUGGCCCCAACAAUGGUAUCACCAACUUUGACAACUUCAUGUUCGCCAUGCUCACUGUAUUCCAGUGCAUCACCAUGGAGGGCUGGACCGAUGUGCUCUACUGGAUGAAUGAUGCGAUGGGCUUUGAGUUGCCAUGGGUCUACUUUGUCAGUCUGGUUAUCUUUGGAUCCUUCUUCGUUCUCAACCUGGUUUUGGGAGUGUUGAGUGGAGAGUUUUCUAAGGAGCGAGAGAAGGCCAAGGCCCGGGGAGACUUCCAGAAGCUCCGUGAGAAGCAGCAGCUGGAGGAGGACCUAAAGGGCUACCUGGACUGGAUCACCCAGGCUGAGGACAUCGACCCAGAGAACGAGGAGGAGGGGGAUGAAGAAGGCAAACGCAACCGGGUCACAUUGGCUGACCUCACUGAGAAGAAGAAAGGAAAGUUUGGCUGGUUUACCCAGUCCACAGAAACACAGGCAAGCAUGCCCACCAGUGAGACUGAGUCAGUGAACACUGAAAACCAGAAUGGAGAGGAUGAUAAAUCUCGCCGCUGUGGACCACUUUGUCAAAAAAUCACUAAGUCAAAGUGCAGUCGCCACUGGCGACGGUGGAACCGUUUCUGCCGCAGGAAGUGCCGUGCAGCAGUGAAAUCUGUGACAUUCUACUGGCUGGUCAUCGUUCUGGUGUUCCUCAACACACUCACCAUCUCCUCCGAGCACUACAACCAGCCUGACUGGCUGACUGAAGUACAAGAUGUAGCCAAUAAGGUCCUAUUGGCGAUGUUUACUUUGGAGAUGCUGGUGAAGAUGUACAGCCUUGGUCUGCAGGCCUACUUUGUGUCCUUGUUCAACCGUUUCGACUGUUUUGUUGUGUGUGGCGGCAUCGUGGAGACCAUCCUAGUGGAGCUGGCCAUCAUGUCUCCACUGGGCAUCUCUGUGUUUCGCUGUGUACGCCUCCUCAGAAUCUUCAAGGUCACACGCCAUUGGGCAUCUCUUAGUAACCUAGUGGCAUCUCUGCUCAAUUCCAUGAAGUCCAUCGCCUCCCUGCUGCUGCUGCUCUUCCUUUUCAUAAUCAUCUUCUCCCUGCUCGGCAUGCAGCUAUUUGGUGGCAAGUUCAACUUCGAUGAGACCAUGACCAAGAGGAGCACCUUUGAUAACUUCCCUCAGGCCCUACUCACUGUAUUCCAGAUCUUGACCGGUGAGGACUGGAACACAGUGAUGUAUGAUGGCAUCAUGGCCUAUGGUGGCCCCGCCUCCUCUGGAAUGAUGGUCUGCAUUUACUUCAUCAUUCUAUUCAUCUGCGGAAACUACAUCCUCCUGAAUGUCUUCUUGGCCAUUGCGGUUGACAACCUGGCAGAUGCAGAGAGCCUAAACACAGCACAGAAAGAGGAAGAGGAAGCCAAGAAGAGGAAGAAUAGUACAAGGGGUUCAAUCACUGACAGAAAAAAGGAGAAUGAAAAAAAGGAGAGAAAAGACAGAGACACAAAGGUGCCAUUAGAGGCUGGACUGGAGGAGGACAAAGAGCCAUACCCCACUAUUGAAUCACCAGCAUGUGAGGAAGACGAGGAUGACUUCCCAGAGGUUCCAUCAGGGCCCCGUCCCCAGAGGCUGUCUGACCUCAGCGUCAAAGAGAAGACUCCACCCAUCCCAGAAGGCAGUGCCUUCUUCAUCUUCAGCAGUACAAACCCGUUCCGUGUGUUCUGCCAUAAACUGAUUAACCAUCAGAUUUUCACCAACCUCAUCCUUGUCUUCAUCAUGCUCAGCUCUGUCUCUCUGGCCGCUGAGGACCCUAUACGCAACUUCUCUGCUCGCAAUAUCGUACUUGGUUAUUUUGACUAUGCUUUCACCGCGAUCUUUACUGUUGAGAUCCUGUUGAAGAUCCUAGGCUAUGCAGACUAUGUCUUCACUAGUAUGUUUACAUUUGAGAUCCUCAUUAAGAUGACUGCAUUUGGAGCGUUCCUCCAUAAGGGCGCGUUCUGUAGAAACUACUUCAACCUCUUGGACCUGUUGGUUGUCGGGGUGUCGCUGGUCUCCUUCGGCAUUCAGUCUUCUGCUAUCUCUGUGGUGAAGAUCCUUCGUGUUCUUAGAGUACUCCGCCCACUCAGGGCCAUCAACAGAGCCAAAGGACUCAAACACGUGGUCCAGUGUGUGUUUGUGGCCAUCAGGACAAUCGGAAACAUCAUGAUCGUCACCACGCUACUGCAGUUCAUGUUUGCCUGCAUAGGAGUACAGCUCUUCAAGGGCAAAUUUUAUCGCUGCACAGAUGAGGCCAAGUCCAGCCCUGAAGAAUGCAAAGGCACUUAUAUCCUCUACAGCAAUGGGGACACAGCACUGCCUAUGGUCAAAGAGAGGACCUGGUACAACAGUGAAUUUAACUUUGACAAUGUCCUCAUGGCCAUGAUGGCUCUCUUCACAGUCUCCACUUUUGAAGGAUGGCCUGCCCUGCUGUACAAGGCCAUUGACUCUAACAGAGAGAAUAUGGGCCCCAUCUACAACUACCGUGUGGAGAUUUCCAUCUUCUUCAUUAUCUACAUCAUCAUCAUCGCCUUCUUCAUGAUGAAUAUCUUCGUGGGUUUUGUUAUCGUCACCUUCCAGGAACAGGGAGAGAAGGAGUACAAGAAUUGUGAGCUAGAUAAGAACCAGCGUCAGUGUGUGGAGUACGCUCUGAAGGCUCGUCCUCUCCGUCGCUACAUCCCUAAGAACCCCUACCAGUACAAGUUCUGGUAUGUGGUCAACUCCACAGGUUUUGAGUAUGUGAUGUUCGUCCUCAUCAUCCUCAACACUCUCUGUCUGGCAAUACAGCAUUAUGGCCAGUCGCAGCUGUUUAACUAUGCUAUGGAUAUCCUUAACAUGGUCUUCACUGGAGUCUUCACUGUGGAGAUGGUUCUCAAACUCAUCGCCUUCAAACCCAGGGGCUAUGUCGGGGACGCCUGGAACGUCUUCGAUGCACUGGUGGUGAUCGGCAGUGUAGUCGACAUCAUCCUCAGCCAGCACUAUUUUGCUGAUGCAUGGAACACGUUUGAUGCCUUAAUUGUUGUGGGUAGCGUGGUUGACAUUGCCAUCACUGAGAUCAAUUCGGCAGCCAUUCCUGUGGUCAAGGUGAUAGUGGAACCAGGGAACACGGAGGACAGCGCUCGAAUCUCCAUCACUUUUUUCCGCCUGUUCCGUGUUAUGCGCUUGGUCAAACUACUGAGCAGGGGGGAGGGUAUCAGAACUCUACUGUGGACCUUCAUAAAGUCAUUCCAGGCUCUUCCUUAUGUCGCUUUGCUCAUCGCCAUGCUGUUCUUCAUCUAUGCCGUCAUUGGCAUGCAGGUAUUUGGGAAAAUAGCCAUGGUAGAUGGAACACAAAUCAACCGCAACAACAACUUCCAGACAUUUCCUCAAGCUGUUCUGAUGCUCUUCAGAUGUGCCACAGGAGAGGCGUGGCAGGAGAUCAUGCUGGCUUGUAUGCCAGGGAAGCUAUGUGACCCUGAGUCGGACUACAGUCCCGGAGAGGAGAAGACCUGCGGCAGCGGCUUUGCUGUCAUUUACUUCAUCAGUUUCUACAUGCUCUGUGCCUUCCUGAUCAUAAACCUGUUUGUAGCUGUCAUCAUGGACAACUUUGACUAUCUGACUCGGGACUGGUCCAUUCUGGGACCACAUCACCUGGAUGAGUUCAAGAGGAUCUGGUCAGAAUACGACCCUGAAGCCAAGGGCAGGAUCAAGCACCUGGAUUUGGUGACUCUGCUCAGGAGGAUCCAGCCUCCACUUGGCUUUGGCAAACUCUGUCCUCACAGAGUGGCUUGUAAGCGUCUAGUAGCGAUGAACAUGCCCCUGAACAGCGAUGGAACAGUCAUGUUUAAUGCUACCCUGUUUGCACUUGUCCGAACUGCACUCAAGAUUAAGACCGAGGGGAACCUGGAACAGGCCAAUGAGGAGCUGAGAGCAGUUAUUAAGAGGAUCUGGAAGAGGACCAGCAUGAAGCUUCUGGACCAAGUAGUGCCCCCCGCAGGCGAUGACGAGGUAACGGUGGGGAAGUUUUAUGCCACCUUCCUGAUACAGGACUACUUCAGGAAGUUCAAGAAGCGCAAAGAGCAAGGUCUUGUGGGAAAGCGCUUGUGGGAGGGGCUUAACACCACCAUGGCUCUACAGGCUGGUCUACGCACACUACAUGACAUUGGUCCAGAGAUCCGUCGAGUCAUAUCAUGUGACCUACAAGAAGAGGGGCUAGUAGACGCUAAUGGAGAGGAAGAUGAGAUAUACAGGCGUAAUGGUGGUCUGUUUGGCAACCACGUCAACCACAUCAAUGGAGACCAGCGGGGCUCCACCCACCUUUCUAAUGUCACCCAGCGACCUCUACAAGUUCUGCCUUCUUCCUCAAAUGUCUCAACCGAACCCACAUUUAUCUCCAGAAGAGCCGAUGACAAUGAGAAAGGAGGGGAGAGGGAUGGGACUGCUUCACCAAUCCAAUAUAACCACAAUUAUUACUCUCCGCAUCUGCAUAACAACCCUCACGCAAAUUCCACCUACCACCAGUCGUCAAUGUCCUCCAAUGCCAACCUCAACAAUGCCAACAAUGUGCCCUCCGUUUUCUCCAUGAUGACCAAGGGGAGGCAGCGGAAGCGCUCUCUAAGGCAGGGCCAAUCACACUCAACAACCAAUGGGGCGCCAGCUACCUCCGGCUCAUCCCAUAAUAACAAAGGAGAGCAGGACAGGCCUUGGAGGACACAUUCCAUGAGGAGACGCUACUACGAGGCCUACAUUAGGUCAGAAACAGGGGGUGGUCUCUACCCGACUAUUCGCCCGGAGGAGCCAGGGGGAGGGGAGAGCGAUGAGGAGCGGGGGGAGGGAGACUACUUCAGCGGGGAGGAGACUCACGAGGACGACAUCGUACUCACAAGAGACAGGUUGGCUAAUAAGGACUAUGAUGACCCUGAAGGUGACAAUGACCCUGGCGCCUGCAGGAGUUAUCACCAACCUCAUAGUCAUUAUGAUGAUGACCAACGGCUUAUCUGCCAGGAUGGCAGGCGGUCACCCAAGAGGCGGUUUCUACCCUCACCUCAAGGCUCCAACAAACCAACCUUUAGCUUUGAGUGUCUUCGCAGACGAAGCAGUCAGGAUGACAUCCCUUCUCCUUCCUGCACACCACUACCACUGCACCUGAUGCAGCAGCAGGUAAUGGCGGUGGCAGGGAUGGACGCCAGUAGAAUUCACCGUUUAUCUCCAACACGGUCGCUACGCUCCUGGGCCACACCCCCAGCAUCUCCUAUUGGCCAUGACUGCUCAUCGUGUUAUACGCCUCUCAUACAGGUGGAUUGGCGUAGUCCUGGCAGUGUCAGCAGUAUCCCUGGUGCCGUGCGGAAGAGUUCCUGGUACACAGACGCCCAAGAUGUUCCACCAGGCCUCAGCCACUCUCCCUCACGCUUACAGCUUCCUACAGAGAGCUGCACGCGCUUCCUGCAAAAAAGAGGCAGUGCCACCAGUCUAGUGGAGGCAGUGUUAAUUUCAGAGGGCCUGGGGAAGUAUGCCAGGGACCCCAAAUUUGUGACAGCGACCAAACAGGAGAUUGCCGACGCCUGUGAGCUGACCAUCGACGAGAUGGAGAGCGCUGCCAGCAAUCUGCUGAAUGGGACUAUGGGUAAUGGUGGCACAGGGGCGACAGGGAACAGGAGCAGCCAAGACUCGCUUGCCGAGUCAUGGCUCAGGGACCACACUAUCCAGGACUACAGUGAUGAAGAGCCGGACAUUGGCAUGAAGUGUGAGGAGGACUUAUCGGAUGAGAUGAUCUGCAUCACAACGCUAUAGCAAAGGCUUAAACAGGAAUAUUUUAAAAAAAAAAAAACAUUUUCAACAGGGAAGAUAAUGAGGCAAUGUCUCUCUUACAAGUGCACCCUGCAUU